UUCAGUGAGGGGCUGCACUGGGAAUGGACAGCCGGAGCUGCCAUCCGGAGUGGGAAAGAGAGAGAGAGAGUAAGGGAGUGAGAGAGAGAGAGGGAGUGGAGGAAUGAACAGUGGAAGAGUGGAGUGCUCUAACAGCAGCGGCAGCAGCAGCACAUCAGACCAGCCUCCCUCUAUCAGCAGCAGCAGCAGCGCCCUGCUACCCACACUAUUCAGCACAGAGACAGAAAGAGCGCGCGCCCUCACCCAGCACAGACACGCGGCGGCUCUGCCAUGUCAGUGGGAGCCCCGCUGCCUGCUGUUAACGGGGGGAACCUGGAGCCAGAGCCCGGGAGAGCAGCAUGAGCAUAGAGAGCCGGAGACACGCACUGAGCCGGGCUGAGCUUUCUCACAGAGCCGGGCGGUCCGGAGGUCAGUAAAGAAGGAGCAUCAUGUGUAGCUCACUGAGCCCAAAGCAGCAGCCGGCUGGCCCCGGCUUGACUGACCUGCAGCAGUACAGCCAGUGGCUGGCCAGCAGACAUGAGGCCAGCUUACUGCCUAUGAAGGAGGACCUGGCGCUUUGGCUCACUAGCAUGCUGGGUGUGGAGAUCACAGCAGACAGCUUCAUGGACAGGCUAGAUAAUGGUUUCCUGUUAUGUCAGCUGGCUGAGACACUGCAGGAGAAAUUCAGGCAAAGCAACGGGGAAUUGUCGCCACCGGGCAAGCCAAUCCCCAAUCGGAGGAUCCCAUGUAGGGCAAGUGCUCCCUCCGGCUCUUUCUUUGCCCGGGAUAACACUGCUAACUUCCUGUCAUGGUGUCGAGAGGUGGGCGUUGGAGAAACCUGCUUGUUUGAAUCUGAGGGGUUGGUUUUGCACAAACAGCCACGUGAGGUCUGCCUCUGUCUCUUGGAGCUGGGGAGGAUAGCAUCCAGGUUUAAGGUGGAGCCACCUGGGUUAAUUAAGCUGGAGAAAGAGAUUGAGCAGGAGGAGAAAGCUCCUGAGCCCCCUCCCUCCCCCGUCUCUCCUACCCAGGUUUCUUCCCCCAACAAAUGCUCCUCCUGCAAGAAAAGCACUGGCAAGCUUCUGGAUGAUGCUGUAAAGCACAUUGCUGAAGAUCCUCCAUGUAAAUGUCCAAACAAGUUCUGCGUGGAGCGUCAGUCACAGGGCCGCUAUCGUGUCGGGGAGAAGAUACUCUUUAUUCGGAUGCUGCACAAUAAGCACGUGAUGGUGCGUGUGGGUGGAGGCUGGGAGACCUUUGAGAGCUACCUGCUGAAGCAUGACCCGUGCCGUAUGCUCCAGAUCUCAAGGGUGGAGGGCAAGAUCUCACCCAUCUCCAACAAAUCCCCCAGCAUUAAAGACCUCACCCCCGAUAGCUACCUGGUGGUAGCGGCACACUACAAAAGCAAGAAGUAAAGGGCAAAGGCAAAAGUGAAGACUAUUUGAUCAGGUGGACCUCCUCUCUGUAAUGUAUUUCACUGACAUACACUCAUCAUUAAAAAAAAUGUUGCACCCAGAAGGAAUUGUUGGAUUUUAAUGCUAUUCGGAAGAAAGAUGAAAAAAAAAAUUAUGAUUAAAAAAGCAUUCAGAAGUAGUGGUGCAUGUCUAGAUAGACAUAUCAACAUGGAGUUGUAGAAUGCAAAAUACAUAUAGUAUCAGUUAGGGCUGCACGAUAUUGGAAACAUUUUACAUUGAAAAUGUUCUUUUUUGACAAUAUAUAUCAUGAUAUUAAACAAUGCAGGGCCAAUGACGUCACCACCCCCACCCGCGCGCUGUCUCGCGUCCGGACCGAUCAAGUGCUGAGUCAGUGCCGAGCACUCAAAACCAGAGGAAAACAGCAAAACAACAGUAAUCGGCCCUUUAAUCAGGCUUCUUAAAAAAAUAAAUAAAGUAAAUAAGAGCGUGUUUCUGGGAUUAAUAACUUGAAUUCAGCUGUAACUGGAAAUAGCUGUGCAAAACUGUUCUGGACUGAGGUGCACAGCUUUCAGCAUGUGCGUUUACAAGCACUUGCCCAACCAUGUGGAUGGAGGCCAUGCGGUUACCUCGUAACAGUAACUCAGUGACAGUCUGUUUCAUUUCUGUUGUUUGAUUUAUUCACAUUUUUUUGAUGAUGAGUGUAUCAAACACAGCUGUUACCAUGUCUUAAGAAACUUGAGAAGCAAUGUUUCUCUGUUUGUGUGUAAUUUUAAGACCCUCAUCCUCAGAAUAUGGCCUUCCUCUGUGCAUAGCUGGUGGUAGACAUGAUUUCUUGACUAGUCAAACACAAUCUGUCUUUUUUUUUUUUUUUUUUAGAUUUUUACUUGCAUUUGUGUAUAAAUACACAACAUAGAUUGUUAUUAUGGUUAGUGAUAGCUUCUAGACUGAUUUAGAUCAUUCGUCAUAUUGCAUCCAAGCACAGAGGCUCUGAACUACAAUACGUCUGAUAUUAAGAGCACUUUCACACCUGUAGCCUGAAUCAGUUAAAGCAGUUAUAAACUUAAAGUGCACCAAAAUGCAUGACAACAGACCAUGUGAGUAUUUUCUCUCUGCUUAUUGGUCAAACCUAAAGUAUCUGAUUACUGUAUCCACAUUUGUUCCCGGAAAAAAAAAAAAAAUCACACCAACAAACCAUUUUGUUUUAUCCAGACUAAACAAAUGUGCAGGUGUGAAAAUGCACUUAGAGAAGAGACUGGAAUUCAAAAGUUUAAGAUCGUUUCAGACUGUUUUAGAUAUUUGCAUUUUAUUUUCACAUCUCAGAAUACUAUGCAAUGAUUUGUUGACGAUCACUUCUAAACUGGUAUAAACUGAUAUAUUUAGUCUAGAUUAUGGUGUUUUUUUUGUUUGUUAUUAUUCUACUUGUCUAUCAGCUUGUUUUAGUUUGUUUUGCUGAAAUGUCUGUAUAACUAAUGCUUGAAGUUUGUCAUCUCAUCAUGUUUUUGAAUUCAGGACUGAUUUGGUUCAUUUCUUAAUAUCUCCCUUGAUGGGUGUACAUACAUUUACAGUAAUUCCUGCAUAUUUAGCAAUAUCCAUGAUACUGUUUUUAUAUAUUAUUAAGGGUAUUAUGAAGUCAUAAUAUCAAUACUAUGCAAUUUGUAUUUUCUGGCAGUUGCUUAUUUCCUAGCAGAUGAUUUUCUUAUUUAGCUUGUACUGUUUUGUUUGAUUAUUUGUAACAUUUGUAUAAGAAAGGAAUGAUGAUGUAAAGUAAUGACCACUCUCUCUCUCUAGUUGCAAGGAUAAUCAAAUAUACAGUGUAUGCUUUAAAUAGAAUUUAGCGUGUGCCUGAUUUGGGGUAAAUGUGUUAACUUAAACUUUUCUGUUCUCUGUAUAAUAAGGCCUGAGAAUAAACGUUGGGAACUGAUCUGAA